CCAGUCUCCUGAAUUACAGGUAGAUUCUUUACCAUCUUAAACCACCAGGGAAGCCACAGCCAGUGUAGCUCCCUAUAUUAAUUCAACCACGUUUCCUGCUAACUACUGACUCCUGGCUAAUUCCAGCUAACUCAGGACUCUGUGCUUCCACUGCAGGGGGUGUGGGUUCCAUCCCUGAUCAGGGAACUAUGAUCCCCGCACUCCAUGGAGCAACAUGGCUGGGACCUUGACAAGCCCAUGAAAUGCUCCCAGCAUGGUGGGGAACACAUGGUCUGGGGGUCAGGAGAAAGCCCUAGAGGAGAUGAUGUUCUAGCACAGAAUAAAAGCAAAGGAAGACCCAUAUAGGGCAGGAAGGUUGCUUGGGUGGAAACCAGCCGCUAAGGGUAGCAAUGGGGGCUACCCCCAAUGAGGGCACCUCUGUGGCUGGAGUCACCGUUUGCAGAUGGCUGAGUCACUCAUAUGCAGCAGAGGGCUGACUAGGCAGAGGGUAAGGGGAGACCUACAGGAAUGCUGGAAGUUCAUCCCCUUUCCCAAUCAAGGAAUUCCCUGCCCUCCAGCCUGGGCCCUAAAGUCCUGGCUCAGAGAGCCAGAUGCCUGUCUCAGGGAAGGAAGGUGGGCAAGUGGGGCUCUCUUUUUCUAAAGCUUGAAGUCAACAUACAUUCCCAGUUGCCUGAAUUUCUACAGUCACAGAGGAAGCACCUGAUUCCCCAGGCCAGGCACAUGGGCCCCCUGCACCCUCCACUUGAGGACCCUUCACUUGGACCACCCUUCCCCCUCUUUGCCUUGUUAACACCUUCUCAAAACCCUUUGAAGUCUCAGUUCGAAAGGCACCUUCUUGAGGAGCCCUUCUUGAUACCAGCCUAGGUCGGGCUCCUGUCAAUGGCCUCCAGGGCACCCCCCACCCCGCCUCACCCCCAGCUUCUUUCUCCAUCUCCAGCCUCGCCUGAAGUUAUUCUGUAAUUGCUUGUGUCAUCCUGUGAUUCAGGUCUGUCACCUCAACUUCACCAUGAGCUCAGGGAAGGCAGGACGGUGUCCACUUUGUCUCCUGUACCUGGAACAUAUUAGGCUGUCAAUAAAUAUGCAUGGAAUGAUGAGCAUCCCCGGACAUGUCACCACACCUCACCACAUGCAGAUGAGGUUGCAGGCUCCACAGUAGGGCCUGAAAGAGCCCUAGCCCCAGGGCAGAACCGGGUGUCCUGGGGCUCAGACACGAGGCUCCAGGAGGGGAGGGAAGGAGGGAGCAAUGGCCUAAGAUAACAGAGGCCAGGCCGGGCCCUGGGGGGGCUUAACAGGUAUGGGAGACUUGAAAGACCCGGGCCCAAGAGCAGUUGGGUCAGGAAUCCAGACAUCCAGGUUUCCAGCCCUGCCUGGGGCUGCUUAAGCAACAGCUCCCCCACCUUCCCGCCCACCACACACACAGCCUAGGGGUCUCUCUCUCUCUCUCUGUCACACACACACAACCUAGUUUGGUGAGAGAGGCCGGCGGAGCUGAGCAGGGGGGCGGGGCCAGGGGCGGGGCAGACAGGUAGGCACCCUUUCCUGGGAGCUGCCACUCCGGAAGGAAGGUCGGUGCGUACCCAGGGCGAUCUGGAGACCGGUCCUCACCGCCCAGCUGCAGAGACCCCAACGUUUCCCUUGCGCCCGCUUCCUGCCUUCGAAGCCAGCCUUGGACACCUGUUUCUCCUGCCUUUCGCGAUCCCGACACCUGGAGCUCACCUUUGACCCCCCACCUCUUGCCUGUGAGGACCCUGCCCCUGGGUGCUCAGGGCACCUGGUCCUGCGCCAUGGCCUGGAGGGCUGUGGUCACUGCGCUUUUGCUUGGAUUGUUCCAGAAUGGGAUAGGAGCCGUUGGAGCUGAAGCCUCUUGUGGUAUGGUCCCUCAAGCACGUAUCACAGGUGGUACCGAUGCAGUUCGCGGCCAGUGGCCCUGGCAGGUCAGCAUCAACCACCACGGCACCCACGUGUGUGGCGGCUCUCUUGUGUCCGAGCAGUGGGUGCUGUCGGCUGCUCACUGCUUCCCAAGGGACAACAAGAUAGAAGAAUACGAGGUCAAGCUGGGCGCCCACCAGCUGGACUACUAUAGCGCUGACAUCCAGGUCCGUGGGGUGGCCCAGGUCAUUUCCCACGAGACCUAUUCCCAUGAAGGCUCCAUGGGGGACAUUGCACUCCUCCAGCUCAGCAGCUCCGUUACCUUCUCCCGCUACAUCCGGCCCAUCUGCCUCCCUGCAGCCAACACCUCCUUCCCCAAUGGCUUCCAGUGCAUUGUCACUGGCUGGGGCCAUGUGGCCCCCUCAGUGAGCCUCCCGAACCCCCGGCCACUGCAGCAACUUGAGGUACCGCUGAUCAGUCGUGAGACCUGUAACUGCCUGUACAAUAUCAAUGCCAAGCCUGGGGAGCCCCACCUAAUCAACCAGGACAUGCUGUGUGCUGGCUACGUGAACGGGAGCAAGGAUGCCUGCCAGGGUGACUCUGGAGGCCCACUUUCCUGCCCAGUGGCAGGCCGCUGGUACCUGGCAGGCAUCGUAAGCUGGGGUGAUGCCUGUGGGGCCCCUAACAGGCCCGGUGUUUAUACCCUGACCUCCGUUUAUGCCUCCUGGAUUCACUACAAAGUGGCAAAUCUCCAGCCUCAGGUGGUGCCCCGAAUGAAGGAGUCCCAGCCCGAUGGCCACCUCUGCAGCCACCACACGGGUUUCAACUCUGCCCCAGCCCAGGGCUUGGUGGGACCCAUCCUUCUGCUGCCACUUGGCCUGACCCUGGGCCUCCUCCGCCCACUGCGUGAGGACUGAGCUACUCACGCCUGGGAGCUGCUCUGCUUCCGAGAUCUCCACACCACACCCAAGGACGGACACUGUUCCCAUGUUAGGCCCCACCCGGGACACUCUGGGCCCGGGGCCUGACUUGAGUCACUCCCUCCUCCCAGGACCCUGUGGGAGUUCAAGGAACCAUCCUGAACUCUGAGCCCACUCUUCUGGAUUGUUCUUUGGGACGGUAACCUCCAUUGCAGGGGUUGAUUGCCUGUGGUACUGGCUAGAACCUCUGGUCACUUCCAUCUGCUGUCCACAAGCCUAUCUGUUGGGCUCCUAUGGAGCCCCCAAGGACCCUCAGCUAUGAAAAUGGGCCCUGGCUCCCUACCCAUUUCUAGAAGACUGGCCAACUUGAAGGCUACUGAAGAAGGACUGGCUCAGCACCUCACCUGCUCUGUCUGAUGAGCCCCAUCACUUCACCCUCUUCUGGGCCAGGGCUGCCUCUGAAGUGUGUCAGUCGCUUAGCUGUGUCUGACUCUUUGCAACCCCAUGGAUUGUAGCCCGUCAGGUUCCUCUGUCCAUGGGAUUCUCCAGGAAGAACACGGGAGUGAAUGGCCAUUCCCUUCUCCAGGGGAUCUUCCUGACUCAGGAAUCAAACCCUGAUCUCCUGCAUUGCAGGUGGAUUCUUUACCAUCUGAGCUACCAGGGAAGCCUGGGGCUGCCUCUGGGCAACAGGUUUUCAAGGACAAAAAAGGCCCCAAUCUUGCCUCAUUGGCUGCCAUGCCCCCCCUUGAGCCCUGACUUCUGGACUCCGGAGGACUGAGCCCCCACCGGAACUGGGCUCCAACAUGCAUCUGGGGGCGGGGGUUAGAAGGAGUAAAAUGUUCUGAGCACAA